AUGUUACACACCUCCACAUGUAGAGAAAGAACCAAAAAAGAGGACAACAUCAAAACAGCAGCAGACCAUAUUGAGGACGCAGCAGACGCCCUCUACGACUCAGUGGAGACAUACCAGAAGGCCCUCCAAAUCUUAACCCCAUCCCUAGAUGCGACACAAGAGAAGAUAGACCAGCUCUCCACACAGAUCUCUAAGGCCCCCGUGCAAACUCCUGGAACAGCACAUUCAUCCUACUCUUCAGUAGUGACGGCACACAUACCACUGCAAGUAGACAGGGCUUUGGGCCAUGCAGCACUUCAGGCACGUCAGAUCCUAUUAGACCCCCUACCAGGAGGAACCCUGUUCCCAUCAAAAACCUUGAAACACGACAUAGCAACCAAAAUCAAAACCACACUGAAGGCAGCAAGGGAUGACACCACCCCAGAAGGCACCAUCUGCUCGAUCACAACCCUACAUAACGGAGGUAUAAUUGUUGAAUUAGAAACUGAAUUGCUGGCCAAGUGGCUCAACAACCAACCAGGUAAAAGUGCACUAGAAAGUCACCUAGACAUACCUGUAUUGUUCCAUCAACACCAAUACCCUCUAGUUUUAGAAUACUUACCUAUUCAGAUGCAGAUUGAACAAGAGGACUUCCUACAACAGAUUGAACAAGAAAAUCAACUCGAAACCAGCGCCCUCACCUCAAUUAGAUGGAUCAAGCCUCCCACAAAGUGUUCAGCAGAACAAUGGAAAGCUUUCGCCUUACUCCACAUCACAGAUGUCCAAAUAGCAAAUGACAUCAUCCAUGAAGGACUUUGCUUGGAAAGUGAGAGAUUCAGUGCUAGGAAAGACCGAAGGGAACCAAUGAGAUGCACUAAGUGCCAGAAAUUCAAUCAUAUCGCUAAGAACUGCACCUCCUCACAGGACACAUGCGGCACCUGCAGAAACCAACAUCGCACCUCAGCCUGCAACUCAUACCAUACAACACACUGUACCAACUGCAGAAGUCAGCAACACACCAGCUGGAGUUGCUCAUGCCCCAAAUUCAUCAAAUGUUGCAAGGAACUCGACGACAAAUACCCAGAAAAUUGA